AUCAAAUACUGAGGGCGCCCUGCGAGCACAAAGCUAUCUACACUUCUUACAUUCUCUAUCUCUCUUCUCUUUCACACUUCAGCUUAGUGCUUCAUCCAAUGCUUCUCAUUCAUAUCAUAUCUUUCAUGGUCUGCGCUGGCUUGCUGGCGUCGGCAUCGACACUUAAACUUCGGGCUGAUGAUGCCUCUCAUACUUUCAGCCUCUACGCGUAUGGAACCGAUAUCACUCCAGGACUUCCACUCUUUUACGGCGACGGCAAAGCAUAUAUCGGAACUUCCACCCCCUCAUGGUUGUCCGAAGGCGUAAACAUAACCCUAACCUCCACGGACGACGACACCACGUUCGUCGCCGCUCCCUCUUCCAGCUCCACAAACUGGACCACCACUCCAAUGAUGUACAUCGACACCACCUCCGACGCCUUCCAGCCCGUCGGCUUCACUUCCACCAAUUCCUCCCUGUCUGACGGGCAGGUGACCAGCGGCUUCGGGCUCUACGGCGGUUGGGCGAUGCACCUCGCCGACGACGGCACUGUGGAGAUGGGCUUUUACGCUGUCGAAACGAACGUAACAGAUGUCUAUGAGGUACUGUGGAACGCAGCCACUGCGACGCCAACGACGGGCACGGCGAUUGCGCUACGGACUAUAGCGCCGGCUGUGGUGUCUUAAGUGUAUUUUGAAUUGUACUGUAGCUUAGGGGAGAAUUGGUUGUGGAUUCGGGUUGUUGUGACGGACGGAGAGUUCUUGGUUCCGUAUGCUGCAGUUAAGAUUGCAACGCACUGUUGGUUAGAGCGGGCCUGGGCGCAAUUCGUCGAGCUUUUGACUGGGAACGUAAGCGCAUAUAAUCAAUGCUAUUCAGCUUUAUAUGCAAUCAGAGCUUAGUGUGAGAUCCUGGAAAGAAUCGGAUUUGCGACCUCGGGAUAUUUACAUCUUCUCUGGAUUGGAAAAGAUAUUCGGAGACUUCAAGAAAUGAUAAAUACGCCUACCCUUACGUUGUAAAGCGUAGCGUGCCCUACCGCUUGCAAUAUUUGGAAUCCCG